ACUUUGAAGUUUUGUGGUCAAUUAUCGUUCUUAACUGAAAAUACAACGAGCUCUAAAAUGAUCAAAUCAUUAGUAUUUCUUUUUGUUGCUUUAUCAACCAUUGCUUUCGUGCAUGGAGAAGAUGUAAUUCACCAUGGUGGACCCCAUGGUGGUCAUGGUGUUAGCAGACGUUAUUUUGUUAAAGAUCAUGGAUAUGGUAUAGGUUCAGGAAUCUACGGUGCCGGAUAUGGAGGUCUUGGACUCAGUUACGGUGGUUAUGGACUUGGCGGUGGUUAUGGACUUGGCGGUAGUUAUGGACUUGGCGAUAGUUAUGGACUCGGAUAUGGUGGUUAUGGACUAGGAUAUGGUGGUUAUGGCCUAGGAUAUGGUGGUUAUGGCCUUGGCUCUUACGGUCUUGGAUCUGGAUAUGGAGGAUAUGGACUAGGCUCCUACGGUCUCGGUUAUGGAUAUGGAGGCUAUGGCUAUCCUGGCUACGGAUAUGGAUAUGGAUCCUAUGGUUAUCCCGGUAACGGUUAUGGAGGAUAUGGCUAUUAUUAAGAGUAUU